UUCUCAAAGUCUGAAGUUCGCUUGAUACUUUGAGGCGCGCAACUUGAGUGUUUCAAGUGCACGCACGACAUUAAAGACAUUCUCUGACUGUCACUUUGAGUUGGGGCGUAAGAAAAGCAAGUGAACAAAGUAACAGAGAAUAUGAGCGGUGGGAGCGGUAGAGUCAGGGUUGCUGUGCCGGUGUGCAGUCCCUCCAGGGAGCCCCGCUGCCUGCUCCUUCUCCUCCUUCUCGCCCCGAUCCUGAGCGAGUGUAAGACGGUCAGAUAUUCCACGUACGAGGAGCAAGAGGCCGGCACGGUGAUCGGGAACCUGGCCGCCGACCUGCAGCUGGAGGCGGCCGGCGGGGCUGAGAGCGGCUUCCGCCUGAUGCCCGAGUGUAACGGCUCGGUGCCGCUGACGGUCAGGGUGACGGUGAGGGAGAGGGACGGUGAGCUGACGGUGGCGAGCCGCAUUGACCGGGAGCAGCUUUGCGGUCAGCAGGAACCGUGCCUGCUGCUGCUGGAUGUGGUCAGCUUCUCCCGGGACAGGUUCCUGCUGAUCCACGUGGAGAUCCAAGUGCUGGACAUUAAUGACCAUUGGCCCGAGUUCCCCCACAGCCACAUCGAGCUGGAAAUCUCCGAGAGCUCGGCCCCGGGCACACGGCUCCCUCUGCCCGCCGCUCGGGACGCCGACACCGGCUCGCACUCGGUGCGGGGCUACGAGCUCUCGGUGAACGGUCACCUGGAGCUGGAGCUGCCGCCCGGGGCCGGGCCCGGGGCCGGGGAGCAGCCGCUCCCGCUGCUGGUCCUGGUGAAGCCCCUGGACCGGGAGACCCAGGACGAGCUGAAGCUGCAGCUCCGAGCCCGGGACGGGGGCGAGCCGCCUCGGAGCGGGGACGCGCGGCUCACCGUGCGCGUCCUCGACGACAACGACAACGCUCCGGCCUUCGAGAGCGGCUCCUUGGAGCUGGAGCUGCCGGAGGACACGGCCCCGGGCUCGGUGCUGCUACAACUCGAGGCCCGGGACCCGGACCAAGGCGCGAACGGCGAGCUCCGGUACAGCUUCAGCCCGAGGCUCGAGGCCGCGGCUCGCCGCCUCUUCCGCCUGGAGCCGCGCUCCGGCCGCCUCAGCCUGCACGCGCCGCUCGACCACGAGGCGCGCGACCGCUUCGAGCUGGAGGUGGAGGCGCGCGACCUGGGCGCCCGGCCGCGCGCCUCGAGCUGCCGGGUGACGGUGCGCGUGCUGGACGUCAACGACAACGCGCCGGAGAUCCGCGUGAGCGCGCUGUGGCCGGGGCUGGCGGGCACGAGCACGGGCACGGGCACGAGCGAGGCGGCGGCGGCCUCGGGCCUGGCGUCCAUCACCGAGGCGGCGGAGCCGGGCAGCUUCGUGGCGCUGGUGAGUGUGUGGGACCGGGACUCCGGAGCUAACGGCCGCCUCUCGGUGUCACUGCUCGGGCCCCGGCAGCUCGAGCUGAGAGCGGCCUACGGCAACAACCACCACAUGAUCCUCACGGCGGAGCGGCUCGACCGGGAGCGGCACAGCGACUAUAACGUGACGCUGGUGGCCGAGGACCAGGGCCCGGAGCCCCGCCGCACCGUGCGGCCCUUCACCGUCACCGUCACCGAUGUGAACGACAACGCGCCCGCCUUCCCCCGCUCCGUCUACCGCCUGUCGCUGGCGGAGAACAACCCGCCCGGGGCCCAGCUCGGUACCGUCCGGGCCCGUGACCCUGACCUGGGCGUGAACGGCCGCCUGACCUACCGCCUGCUGCAGCAGCGGGAGCCGGGGCCGGGGCCUGGGCCUGGGCGGGGGCCCGGGCCGGAGCCGGGGCCUGGCCUGCAGCCUCCUGCCGUCGCUGUGGAGCCUCACAGCGGCUCCCUGUUGGCGCUGCGGCCCCUGGACCGUGAGGAGCUGCCCGAGCUCGAGCUGCUGCUGCAGGCGACAGACGGCGGUUCCCCGCCGCUCAGCGGCUCCACCACCGUCCGCCUGGUCAUCACCGACCGGAACGACAACGCGCCGCUCAUCACUCACCCCCCGGGCCCGCUCCCGGCCCCGGGCCCGGGCCCGGCUCCUCCCGGGAACCGCUCCGCCGCCGCCGCCUCCGCCGCCAAGAUGGCGCUGCCCGGGGGCGCGCCCCGCGGUUACCUGGCGGCGCGCGUGCGGGCCCAGGACCCGGACGAGGGGCCGAACGGCCGCCUCAGUUACCGGAUCGUGAGCGGGGAGCCGCCCGGGCUGUUCACCAUCCGCUCGGACACCGGGGAGGUGUACCUGGGCCGCCCGCUGCCGCCCCCCGUGUCCCCCGGGCCCGGGGCCGGGGCCCUCCGCCUGGUGGUGGCGGUCAGUGACGGCGGCCUGCCCUCCCUGUCCUCCACCGUCACCCUGAGCUUCACGGUGGGGCCCGAGCCGCCCCCCGAGGCUCCGGCCGCCGCCGCCGCCUCCCCGGGCCCGGGACAGCGGAGCUGGGACACCUCCUUCACCGUGAUCGCGGUGCUGGCCGCCGGCUGCGUGGCCUUGCUGCUGGCCAUCGUCGGGAUCGCCUCCAGCUGCGGCACCGGCGGCAAGACCGGCCGGGAGGGAGACGCUGCGGCGGCGGCGGGCGGAGACAAGGCGAAUGGUUACCCGCCGGGGGAGAGCGGCAGAGCAGCGGAGCCGGAGUGUUUCCACUCUAUUCCUGACUUUGCUAAUCCGGCUCUUCACCCAGUCGCAAUCUGGCAAGGAAAGCACUUUACUUUGGAUAAAAGUGAACUUGCACAUCAAACCCAGGACAGGUUCAGUGGGAAGGACAGUGGGAAAGGAGACAGCGAUUUUAAUGACAGUGACUCUGAUAUCAGUGGUGUUGGUCUGAGUAAAAGGAGUGCUCUCAGUCAGAAGCACAAUGGUUUAUGGUCCUGUACCAAUGAGUGCAAGAUACUUGGCCAUUCAGAUCGCUGCUGGAGUCCAUCUUCUCGAGGGCCAAGUAUUUACCGUUCCACAACUACUACUCAGCACCUUACCUCUUUGGGGAAAAGCACGUCACUCCCUCGAGAUUUACUCCGCAAAGAUACAUACUAUCAAGCACUUUUGCCAAAAACAGCAGGCCUACAAAGUGUAUAUCAGAAGAUCACUUGUGAUGAAUCUGAAACCACAAACUCUGUUAUUGUACCACUCUAUCAUUCUGUGGGAUCAAAAAGUCACAUUCCACCAACUAAUAUCUCAUCGAUCAAUGUAUCCAGCGUGCAUUCUCAGAUCUAAGCAGAUACCAGAAUAGGUUUACGAACUUUGAAAUGUUGUAAUAAAUCAAUUUAUUCAUCCUGUAUAUAAAAGCAACAGUUUAUUUUUAUAUUGAUUCCAUGUGAAAAUUUCAUUCACAUGGAAGGUGUAAAUAUCAAAUACAGAA